UCCAGCCAGCUUUGGGCAGACCAGUUUCUUCUUCAUGUGGAAUAAAGCGGCCAGGACCUACUGGACAAAGAUGGCAGGGACAGCACGGCAUGAUCGGGAGAUGGCCGUCCAGGCCAAGAAAAAGCUCACCACGGCCACUGACCCCAUUGAAAGACUCCGACUGCAGUGCCUGGCCCGGGGCUCCGCAGGCAUCAAAGGACUCGGCAGAGUGUUUCGAAUUAUGGAUGACAAUAACAACCGAACUCUUGACUUCAAAGAAUUUGUGAAAGGGCUAAAUGAUUAUGCCGUGGUCAUGGAAAAGGAAGAGGCAGAAGAGCUCUUCCGGAGGUUUGAUAAAGAUGGAAACGGAACAAUAGACUUCAAUGAAUUUCUCCUUACAUUAAGACCUCCAAUGUCUAGAGCCAGAAAAGAGGUAAUUAUGCAAGCUUUUAGGAAGUUAGACAAGACCGGAGAUGGAGUUAUAACAAUUGAAGAUCUUCGUGAGGUAUAUAACGCCAAACACCACCCUAAGUACCAAAAUGGAGAAUGGACGGAGGAACAAGUAUUCAGGAAGUUUCUGGAUAACUUUGAUUCACCCUAUGACAAAGAUGGAUUGGCUUCACAGGGCCAACGACGAAACACGAAUACACAUCCUGACCAAAAUGAGAAGUUUGCCUUUUAGCACCUCCCACGUGGCUAGUGCCUUACAUCCUGUUAUUGAAUCCCAGCCAUCGUGGAUUCCUGGGUGUCCAAGGAUCCUGAGAAGCACCCCAUUCUCUAGUUCUAUCCUUUAUUGCAGUCAUCUUACUUAAACUUCCUUUCCUUAAAGAGCUUUUUUACCUGUACAUUUAUGCUAUAAAUUUCUCUAAAGUAUUAAUAAUAAUCACAAGUAUAAUCAUGCCAAGUAUGCUCUGGAGUAGAACGGUCCCAUAGGACCUUCUGUGAUGAUGGGAAUGUUCUCCAUCUGUGCUCGCCAAGAUGUCAGCCUCUAGCCACAUACGGCGAUUGAGCAAUGGAAAUGUGGCUAGCGCAACAGAGGAAUUCAGUUUUUCAUUAUGUUUAAUUUUAACAAAUUUAAACUUAAAAAGCCAUGUGUGAUUAGAGGCUACUGUAUUGGAUAGCACAGCUCUAAACAUUUUUAUCUUAAUGCAAAAGGUGAUGGUCAGUGGGCAGGUAGGGUCUUUAGCCUACCGUGCAAGGGCCCCACCUCAGAGGGGAGGGGCAAGCCAGGUUCCCUGAUCUCAGAGUCAGUUACCUGACUCUGCUUGAUUGUCAGUGGCAGAUCAGACUCCGUUGAAAACAUUUGAGGGAGAAUGUAAAAUGCCUUACCAUGUCUCACAUAUUUUGACACCAUUUCCUUCUUUUUCCCCUGCCCUUUAUCCCUCUCAGGUUUCGAAAGAAGAGUUUUUGAACUAUUAUGCUGGUGUCAGUGCUUCUAUUGACACGGAUGCCUAUUUCAUUUUAAUGAUGACAAAA